AUCAUAGCGUUAAUUUAGUACUGAAUCAUUUAUUGAACCAUUCAGUUCCAGUGUUGGCGGUUGAACGAGUGUUUUUGCAAAAAAAUAAUUAGAUUAUCAAAAUCAAUAUGUAUCGUUUGAAUUUCUUCUUAGCACUUGGACUUUUAAUGAUUUUUUGCUAUGUUGAAGCAUUUCCCGAUUCCCGAAAUCCAAAUUUGGAAUACGAAAUCAUUAACCCCAGAGCACCUCAAAUAAACAAUAAGCCUGUAUUGGAAGCCAUACCAACGACUACUCAACGUUCGGUGCCCAUUAAUACUCCACCUCCACCAUCGGCAGAUUCUAAGAGUUUUGUUUACGAUCCGAUAUCGAACUCAUGGACGCAGGUCAAGAAAAAUGCUCCACCGCCAGCUGAAGAUGCUUUUGUUUGGAACCAAAGCAAUGACAAAUGGUUGACCAUGAUACCACGCGCAUAAUCAAAUUACUGUAUGAUAAUGAUUAUUAAGCUUAAACUGUUUCUAUAAGGAUUAUACUAAUACUCAACAAUAAAAAAUAUCCUUAUUACUAUUUAUACACAUAA